UCACGGAGUCCAGCCCCCCUCGGGCCCUGAUUGGCCGCCUUCAUCUCUGCGCCUGCCUUAUUACCGCCUCUGCGCUCCAAUUUGCCCACAUGAACAUGAGGAUACGGUCACCGUGACGCGCGGCCCAACAGCAGACCUUCCCACGGUUCCCGUUACAGUCUCCAGUUCGCUUCACCGAUACCGGGCGGACCUGCAUGGCCCCAUCGACCGCCAUGUCCGCUCUGACUGCUGCUCUGAAGACGGAAGACCUCUCCCCCCGCGCGGCUGUGGUGAACAUGCAGACCAGUCUGGAGGACUCCGGGAAGCCCAAAGUGGCGAUCCUGCCGUUCAGCGUGGAGGCGCUGAUGGCUGAUAGGAAGCCCAGCAGAGAGGCGUCCUCUCCGGAUUCUGCGGCCGGGACGUCCCAGGCGCUGGGGAAGGGCGCGCGGAUUGCCUCCUUCGGGGGUUUGGAUACUUCAGGUUCCGCUUUACCCACGAGCUCUCCGUUUUCAGUGGGCGAGAUCAUGAACAUGUCAGAGGACGUGAUGAUUAAGGCAGAGAGCCCGGACAGUAAGGAGAGGACUUCGUGGAUUCAGAGUCCGCGAUUCUCUCCGACGUCUCCGAGACGGUUGAGUCCCCCUGCCUGUCCCCUGAGAAAACACAAGACGAACCGAAAGCCCCGAACCCCCUUCACCACGUCCCAGCUGCUCGCCCUGGAGAGGAAGUUCCGGCAGAAGCAGUACCUUUCCAUCGCGGAGCGCGCAGAGUUCUCCAGCUCCCUCAACCUAACGGAGACUCAGGUCAAAAUCUGGUUCCAGAAUCGGAGGGCCAAAGCCAAGCGGCUGCAAGAGGCAGAGCUGGAAAAACUGAAAAUGGCAGCGAAGCCCAUGCUGCCUCCAGCCUUCGGGAUAUCAUUUCCACUGGGUGCGCACGUCCCCGCGUCUUACGCGGGCUCGCACCCGUUCCAGAGGCACUCGCUGCCGGUGUCUCCGGUGGGACUCUACGCCGCGCACGUGGGAUACAGUAUGUACCACCUCGCCUGACAGGGAUACGGGAUGUGCGGGAUCGGGACUGUUUUGGGGGGUGGGGGGUGGGGGCUCUGACUCAUUUAGCUGACAGGGUCACAUCUGUUGGGUGGGGGGGCGGGGGAGUACGGCCCCCCCACGGAACCCCCCACGAGGAUCUAGAAUCCACUUCUCUUGACCUGGACAGUAAGUUCACACACUGCGAAAAUGAUCGAACUUCAUCGGUCAUGUGACCCCAAGUCUGAAUAACUGAAUCCAAGGAAAAUUCAGAUGAGAUGGUCUUUGUGGUGCAGAGGCGGGAAACAUUUCUAGCUGUUUGAGUUAUUGAAAAAUGACAGUAUGGACGGGGAACCGGGCCGUGCCGGGCCAGGCCGCUGCGUAAAAGUGGCGGAGCUCCUGUCAGAGACUGAUGCGCUCCAUCCGUCCGCACACUUAGGCCGGGAUGUGAGGGCGCGCGGGUCAGCCGCUGCGGCGGUCUGAGCGGGGAGGGUGAACUUAAAGAACCACAGCAAUUGUUUUUCUAACAGCUCUGUCUGUUGUCUCAUUGAUUCCCUUCGGAAGGGAAAGUUGUACUGUACAAUACUGUAUAUUUGAAGAAUAUCCCCAUUUAUAUUAUGAAUAUAUUUGUGACAUAACUUAACAAUAAAUUGAAUAUUCUUUUUUUCAUGUA